CAUUUAACAGUAAUUUGAUAAAUAAAUAUAAAGUUUAAAAAUAAUUUAAUAUUUCUAAAUGAUUUAUAUGAUUUCCCAAAACGAGUUACUAAUAAGCCCUAUACUUCUUUACUCCAAACCUUCAACACAUUUUCCAAAUCAACCUCUCAUAAAAUCGACGUAUACAAGCCGUGUUCUAAUAUACACUGCCAGUACUGAAUAUUUAUAAUAUAUGUAAUGGUGAACUAUGACUACAAGAUUUUGAGUACUGGCUGUGUACAACAUGGCCAUGGAAGGCCCGAAUCGAAUCCGAGACUCGCCGAUUAUAAGUCGACCACCCUUAUAUAAAUAUUUAUACUUAUUAGAAGAGAAAAAUACAAUUAACUAUGUGUUCACCAAUAUACACAGAUUUUCAGUAGUAUGUAUCGAUUUAAACAGCGCGGGAUAAUGCCACCAUUUUAGGCUGAGAAUGUGGCGGCUAGUCUCAAGGUCAUGAAAUUUGUAUACACGAAGAUCAAAGGUACCGCCGCUACUGUCGCUACUAGUAAUGUUUGCGGUGCAGUGUUCUGACAUGUCGGUCGGAGCAGCGGCGAGCGCAACCAAUGGCGUGUCAGUGUGAGACGAAGACGACGCGCAUCGAGGAUCUUUCGCUUUAGUGCGGUCGUCAGUCCGCGUUGAUCCGCGUUCAUGACUUGGAUCGUACCAUCAAUCGUGGAAGCGACGUUGUGCAUCAUACGAGCCUCGAGAUGGCCUCGAUGAGUUGCUUUCUCUGCAGGCAACAUUCCGAAGACGCGCAGGAGAUACCGUCUGACAUAUUUCCCGAGAACAAGAAUUGCUGGAAGAAGUGGUUGGAUGCGAUCAACGAGACUAACGAGGACGUGCCCGCACAAUUGUCACUGUGCUCGCGUCAUUUCUCGCAAGCUUGCUCCGCAGGCUUCAUUCUGAUGGACAAUGCCGUUCCGACUUUGGAAUUGGCGCCAACUUCCUGCACCGACUCGAUCGCGAAAGCCGCAGAAGUGGAUCGAUCAUCACCGCAUAGAGAACCAGAAACCGAACGACCAUCCUCGCCGAUAUUACGUUCGUUACCGUCGUCGGUCAGACGACCGACCAUCACGAGGGGACGUCGUGUUCACAUGUUGCCGAAGGAGGAGAUGAAGGAACAGCCGAUCAAGUAUGUGCGCUACCUCAAGAGCGUCAACUGGGACGAGAUCUCGAAAGUGCCGGCAGAGGCGAAGAUCGUCUGGGAGGUAGCGAUGGAGGAGCUGAAGGAGGACAACGAUAAGAUAAAGCAUCUACAGGCACAAGUUCGCCAGCUUACCGUGACCGUCCAUAAACUCAAGAAUGCACUGAAAACGCGAAAGAGGAGUGCGACCUCCGCCUUUCGUUAAGUUUAGAUAGAUAUCAUUUGUACGUUUGUAAAUUUAGUGACAAAAUAUUUUUUAAAUCUAUCAUUUUUGUAAGUUUUUCUAGAUGAUUACGUGAAAUAGAAAAAAAACCUUACACAAAUA